AUGGCGUUGCCGGUGGUGGUCGACGCAGAGUACCUCAAGGAUGUCGACAAGGCUCGUCGCGAUCUCCGCGCACUCAUCGCUAACAGGAACUGCGCUCCUCUCAUGCUUCGAUUGGCCUGGCACGAUGCCGGCACUUACGAUGCCAAAACCAAGACCGGUGGACCUAACGGUUCGAUCCGGAAUGAGGAGGAGUAUUCUCACGGCUCCAACAAUGGCUUGAAGAAGGCUAUUGAUUUUUGCGAGGAAGUGAAGGCAAAACAUCCUAAGAUUACAUAUGCAGAUCUUUACCAGCUAGGUGGUGUUGUUGCAGUUGAGGUUACCGGGGGUCCCACAGUUGAUUUUGUUCCUGGUAGAAAGGAUUCAAAAGUAUCUCCUAAAGAAGGGCGGCUUCCUGAUGCUAAACUAGGUUUUUCACAUCUCCGUGAUAUCUUUUAUCGAAUGGGCUUGAAUGAUCGAGAUAUUGUUGCACUGUCUGGAGGACAUACGCUGGGGAGAGCACAUCCAGAGAGAUCAGGGUUUGAUGGACCUUGGACAGAGGACCCUCUAAAGUUUGAUAACUCAUACUUUGUGGAACUUUUGAGAGACGAUUAUGCUGCGCUGCUCAAACUUCCAACAGACAAGGCUUUAUUGGAGGAUCCUGAAUUUCGCCGUUAUGUUGAACUAUAUGCAAAGGACGAGGAUGCAUUUUUUAGAGAUUAUGCUGAAUCGCAUAAGAAGCUUUCAGAGCUAGGCUUCGUGCCAAGUUCAAAGGCGAUUUCGAUUAAGGAUGGGACUAUACUGGCACAAGGUGCUGUCGGAGUUGUAGUUACUGCCGCUGUGGUGAUCCUCAGUUACUUGUAUGAAGUUCGCAAAAGGGGGAAGUAG